AUGGCUCCCGCACUUGAGGGACGCCUCGUAAUCAUAGCCGGCGGCAUUGGCGGACUCGGUUCCUCAAUUGCCCAUCGUCUCCAUGCACACGGGGCAAGUGUAGCCCUUUUAUAUGCACCAUUCGAACGGGACCGCGUGGUCGACACGCUGAAGCGGGUGUUUGGUGCCGAGGAGCCCGAACGGGUAUGGACAUUUGAAUGCGACAUCACGUCCGAGGCCUCGGUCAAAAUGGUUUUCGGCCAAGACGGGAUGCUUGGAGAUUCUUCGACUGUCGAGGCUUUCCCGAGUAUCCUGAUCAAUGCUGCGGGCUACGUCUCGGUGCAGCCCCUGGAGGAGACGUCGUCGGAGGAGGCUAUGAAAAAUAUCCUGCCGAAUCUGCUGGGCCCGUUGAAUUGCAGCACCGCGUUCUUCCACCUUUAUCAAUCCAGAGCCUCGCAGUUGAACAGGACGCCACCGCCCGGGCGCAUCGUCAGCAUCGCAUCGCAGGCCGCCCAUGUCGCCCUCGAUGGCCACGGCGCCUACUGCGCCUCCAAGGCCGGCCUGUUGGGACUCACGCGCUGCAUGGCCUCGGAGUGGGGACCCAAGGGCAUCACGGCCAACACGGUCUCACCCACAGUGACCUGGACUCCCCUGGCCGCGAAAGCUUGGGCAGACGAAGACAAGAAGGCAAAGCAUCUAUCCGAGAUCCCCACGGGGAGGUUUGCGGUUCCGGAGGAGGUGGCCAGCGCCAUCGAGUUUCUCUGUGGCGAUGAGAGUGGCAUGAUCAAUGGGGCGGAUGUUAGGGUUGAUGGUGGGUUUACGAUUCGAUAG